UUACUUGGUUUCAAAAAAAAAAGAAGAAGAUACUUUAAUUCGUAUUAUUUUAGGGAUCGUAUAUAAGUUUUUUUGGGUUUAAAAUUUACCAAAUUUUGUAGAACCGUUUUGAGUGUGGGACUACAUUUGCACAACUUGACAUGGCUUAUAUACCUCCGCACAAGCGCCAUUCGGAGAGCUCACCGGCGCCGGAGUCUCUUUUGAUCCCCCAGUUUCAGAGGAAUCUAAACUUACGCGACAGAAAAUCAACCGGCAGGAGUGAUCGGAAGGGCAAGGAUUCGGGAACUGGAAGUAAAAUUAUUUACGCAGACAGCGCGAUUUCUAAGUGGUUCUCAGUCGGCUUGCUCGACUCAGAUAACGAAGAUGGAUCGUCGUCCUUUUCAGCUCUCACCAGCCUCGAACCCGUAUCAGUGGAAUUCCUCGAGAGGAAAUUUGGUGAAAAGCCCUUAGCGUUGGUUCUAAAAGAAGAUGCUGGUGAGAGAGAAACUGUGUUUGUGGACAAACCGUGGGUUUGCGUGGCUGAAAAUGUGAAGCGGGACUUGCUUUCAUCAUUUCGAAGGGUGAAAAGUGAAAUGGUGGACAAUGUACGUGAAGAAGUAAAGCCAAGUCUAGUUGCCCGUGUUGGAAGAAUUCUGUUUCAUGGGAACCCUUCAUCUUUAGAAUGUGUGAGAAGAAACUUGUUAACUGAAAGCAGUUUGAGAACAUUGAAAAAAUCCUUUUACACUAAUGUUCCUCCUACAUAUAUGGAACACGUAACAGACAAAAUUGUUCAAGAAAUUGGACUUUAUUUUGAGGAAGAUAAGGAGAUAUACCAUGUGAAGAUUUCUGAUAAUUUUCGACCUGAUUCAACUAUCUCCUGUAAAUGUGCUGUGGGACAAGAUAAAAAAAGCAUUGAACUCUAUAAGAUUGAACUAAACCAAGUGCGCCACAUGGUUGAGGACAUAUCCUGUCUUGGGAAGAGCCUAGAUCUAAGGCUGAUGCUCUGUACCAAGAGAAUCAUGAUAGCUUUGACUGAUGACGAAAUAGAUGGCAUAAAAGCUCUAAUUUCUUCUGCCGUUCUGGAUUCGGAUGUUAAGGGUGGGCUUCGAUGGCCCCUUGGGAAGAAUUCUUCGGGAGAUCGAUACUCCAUAGUUGGUGUAUGGCAUACUACUGCAAAAACAUAUAGAAGUUCAUCAAUCAGGCUUAAGGUUCGACAUGCAGAUCGAUUUGAUUUCAGAACUUCAUCUGGUGAGGUUGCAAGAGAGGUUACUCUGAAAUUGCAUGGAAUUGUAUCCCAAAUACAGGAUGAAACAUGCGAAAAUGACCCAGUGUUCCAAAUGCUUGGAGACAACAUAAAGUUGAUUUGGGAUCACUUUCUGUCUUCUGGUUCUUGUAUCUGAACUGCACUCCAUAUGGUCUGCUAGCUUAUCAAUGUACAUAUUCAACCGAUUGCCAUUACUCUGUCGAAAUAGGCCUUCAUUAAGAUCAGAAAUAUUUUCUUUUUAAAAUUCUGAUGGUGCCCGAGAAGCUCUAAGUUGGUUAAAGGGAAGAGAAUGGCGUCGGGUGUCGGGUGAUCAUUGAGUCGGAUGCUCAAGUGGUUACGACAGGUGUUUCUCGGGGUGGCAAUGGUUCUCCUUAUGGUGCUAUAUUAGAAGAGAUCCGUGUCCUGAUGGAUCAUUUUGAGUCUGCUUCCCUCCGGUUUGUGCGUCGUGAACUAAAUAUGCCGGCUCACGUUGUAGUCCCUGUGUAGUGCGUCGACUAAAUAUGCCAGCUCACGUUGUAUCGAAGAAGUCCCUGUGUAAUCCUAGCGAUGUGUUGGCUGAGUAUUGUGAUUUUAUUUCUUGCUGGUUUUCAAAUAUGUUUUGUAUGACUGAUUGAUUUGUUUUUUAAUGAAAGUUGUGUGGUUUUU